GGCCGCCUGGGCCUGCCCUCUGCAUCCCGCGGGCAGCCUGAGUGAAACGGCCUCCCGCAGCCCCCGACCCCUCCCCCAUGGAGGAGGAGGAGGAGGGGGCGGCGGCCAAGGAGUGGGGCACGACCCCCACGGGGCCGGUGUGGACCGCAGUGUUCGACUAUGAGGCGGCGGGCGACGAAGAGCUGACACUGCGGAGGGGUGACCGCGUCCAGGUGCUUUCCCAAGACUGUGCUGUGUCUGGCGAUGAGGGCUGGUGGACCGGACAGCUACCCAGCGGCCGUGUGGGUGUCUUCCCCAGCAACUACGUGGCCCCCAGCACCCCUGCCGCACCCGUGGGCCUCCAGCUGCCUCAAGAGAUCCCCUUCCACGAGCUGCAGCUGGAAGAGAUCAUCGGUGUAGGGGGUUUUGGAAAGGUCUAUCGAGCCCUGUGGCUUGGCGAGGAGGUGGCAGUCAAGGCCGCCCGACUGGACCCUGAGCGGGACCCAGCAGUAACAGCGGAGCAGGUGUGCCAGGAGGCCCGGCUCUUUGGAGCCCUGAAGCACCCCAACAUCAUUGCCCUUAGGGGCGCCUGCCUCACUCCACCACACCUCUGCCUGGUGAUGGAGUAUGCCCGAGGGGGCGCGCUGAGCAGGGUGCUGGCAGGUCGCCGGGUGCCCCCUCACGUACUGGUCAACUGGGCUGUGCAGGUGGCCCGGGGCAUGAACUACCUACACAAUGAUGCCCCUGUGCCCAUCAUCCACCGGGACCUCAAGUCCAUCAACAUCCUUAUUCUGGAGGCUAUCGAGAACCACAACCUCGCAGACACGGUGCUCAAGAUCACAGACUUUGGCCUCGCCCGAGAGUGGCACAAGACCACCAAGAUGAGUGCCGCGGGGACCUACGCCUGGAUGGCACCGGAGGUUAUCCGUCUCUCCCUCUUCUCCAAAAGCAGUGAUGUCUGGAGCUUCGGGGUACUGCUCUGGGAGCUGCUGACAGGAGAGGUCCCCUACCGUGAAAUCGACGCCUUGGCUGUGGCAUAUGGCGUGGCUAUGAACAAGCUGACUCUGCCCAUCCCCUCCACGUGCCCCGAGCCCUUUGCCCGCCUACUGGAGGAAUGCUGGGACCCAGAACCCCAUGGACGGCCAGAUUUUGGCAGCAUUUUGAAGCGGCUUGAAGUCAUUGAACAGUCAGCUCUGUUUCAAAUGCCACUGGAGUCUUUCCAUUCACUGCAGGAAGACUGGAAGCUGGAGAUUCAGCACAUGUUUGAUGAUCUUCGGACCAAGGAGAAGGAGCUGCGGAGCCGGGAGGAGGAGCUGCUGCGGGCAGCGCAGGAGCAGCGCUUCCAGGAGGAGCAGCUGCGGCGGCGGGAGCAGGAGCUGGCCGAGCGCGAGAUGGACAUUGUGGAACGGGAGCUGCACCUGCUUAUGUGCCAGCUGAGCCAGGAGAAGCCCAGGGUCCGCAAACGCAAGGGCAACUUCAAGCGCAGCCGCCUGCUCAAGCUACGUGAAGGCAGCAGCCACAUCAGCCUGCCCUCGGGCUUCGAGCAUAAGAUCACAGUCCAGGCCUCUCCAACUCUGGACAAGCGGAAAGGAUCUGAUGGAGCCAGCCCCCCCGCAAGCCCCAGCAUCAUCCCCCGGCUGAGGGCCAUCCGUCUGACUCCGGUGGACUGUGGUGGUGGUGGCAGUAGUGGCAGCAGCCCCAGUGGCAGUGGGACUUGGGGCCGCAGUGCACCCCCAAAGAAAGAAGAGCUGGUUGGAGGCAAGAAGAAAGGCCGGACAUGGGGGCCCAGUUCUACCCUCCAGAAGGAGCGGGCUGGAGGAGAAGAGAGGCUGAAGACCCUGGGGGAAGGAAGCAAACAAUGGUCAUCAAGUGCCCCCAAUCUGGGCAAAUCCCCCAAGCACACACCUAUGGCCCCUGGCUUUGCCAGCCUCAAUGAGAUGGAGGAGUUCGCGGAGGCGGACGGAGGCAGCAGCAUGCCCCCUUCCCCCUACACGACCCCGUCCUACCUCACCGUGCCGAUACCCAAUGAACCCUCCCCAGGGACGCGGGUGCCCUGGGAGUCGGCACCGGCCGCGCCCCCUGCCCGGCUGGGACACAGCGCCCGGCGGCGCUGCGACCUCGCACUUCUGGGCUGCGCCACGCUGCUGGGCGCCGUGGGCCUGGGCGCCGACGUGGCGGAGGCGCGAGCUGCGGACUGCGAGGAACAGCGGCGCUGGCUGGACGGCUUCUUCUUCCCCCGCGGCGGCCGCUUCCCUCGGGGUCUCAGCCCGCCUGCUCGCCACCCCAGCCGCCGGGAAGACUCAGCCACCGGCCCGGGCCUGGCGCCCUCGGCCACCCUCGUGUCACUGUCGUCUGUCUCCGAUUGCAACUCCACGCGUUCACUGCUGCGCUCGGACAGCGAUGAGGCCGCGCCGGCCGCGCCCUCCCCAGCCCCCUCCCCACCCCAGCCCGCGUCCCUGUCCUCGCCCAGCACUAACCCCCUGGUGGACUUGGAGCUGGAGAGCUUCAAGAAGGACCCGCGCCAGUCGCUCACUCCCACUCACGUCCCUGCGGCGCGCGCAGUGAGCCGCGGGCACCGGCGGACGCCAUCGGACGGGGCGCUGGGGCAGCGGGGGCUGCUCGAGCCCAUGGGCCACGGCCCUGGCCCUCGAGACCCCCUGGACUUCCCUCGCCUGCCUGACCCCCAGGCCCUGUUCCCAGCCCGCCGCCGGCCCCCUGAGUUCCCAGGCCGCCCCACCACCCUGACCUUCGCCCCAAGGCCUCGGCCAGCUGCCAGUCGCCCUCGCUUAGACCCCUGGAAACUGGUCUCCUUCGGCCGGACACUCAGCAUCUCGCCUCCCAGCAGGCCAGACACUCCAGAGAGCCCUGGGCCCCCUAGCAUGCAGCCCACGCUGCUUGACAUGGACAUGGAGGGGCAGAGCCAGGACAGCACAGUGCCCCUGUGUGGGGUACAUGGCCCCCACUGAGGCCUGCCCACCACUGCCCGCCUGGGCAGCCAUGAAUGUAGCGCCCCAGGCCCCACCCCAGCCUGCCAUGCCACAAGGUGGGGGAGGCCCUGGGCAGGAUACUCAAUGCUAUUUAUUGGGGAAGGGGGGAGGGAGGAGACUUAAUUUAUUCCUUUAUACCCCAGGGGGUGGAGCCCUGUGCCCACCCUUCACUGGGGAGAGGGUGGGCAGGGAUACUCAGGGACAGGGCAUCAUGGGGGAUUUGGCACAAAAUGCAGCAUUAAAGGUAACCCCUGCCCCCUA